AAGAGGAGGAGAAGGAGGAGGAGGAGGACUCAUCCAUCCACAGACCAGGACCCGGAUCCGAGGAAACGGAGAGCGAAGACUUUUGUGCCGUGUGUCGGAACGGAGGAGAUCUGCUCUGCUGUGACCGCUGCCCCAAAGUUUACCACCUGGCCUGUCACAUACCUUCGCUCACCAGCUUCCCGCUAGGUGACUGGGCGUGUACGCUGUGCAGACCCGACCAGGAGCCCGCGGAGACCUACGACUGUGAGAACGAGCCCUCCUGCGGGGGGGUCAAAGUCCCGUACACCCUGUCCAGCCGGGACCAGAGGAGGUGUGAGAAGCUGACUCUGAUGUUGUACUGCCACACGCUCAGCACACCGUUCCAUGAACCCGUCAGCAUCCUGGCCCGAAACUACUACCAGAUCAUCAAGAGGCCCAUCGACCUGUCGGUGAUUCGCAGGAAACUGGACAGGAGCAACACUCUCCACUACUUCACUGCCCAACACUUUGUCGAUGACGUCCUGCUGAUGUUUAAGAACUGUGCCACGUUCAAUUACCCGGACUCAGAGGUGGCUCAGGCCGGUCGAAGCCUCCACCUGUUUUUUGCGAGCCAACUGACGGAUGUGUUCCCCGACCUGGCGUUCCCGUCGACCAGCCGGGGCUGGAGCGAUGGUGCUCGCCUCCGCCGGCUCUGCAGGAAGAGGAGGGAGAACCACAGGAAGAGGAGAUUAGUCUUCAGUGGGAAGAAGUGCUACCUUUGAUUAGUUUAAACAAUAACAACAACACAUAGCCAAAUGACUUGAGGCGUUCCUGCCGGUCUACCUGCCAGUCCAUCUGCCGGUCCACCUGCCGGUCUACCUGCGCACACUGCGUCCGUAUAUUCAUUGCCUUCGACCGAACCCCUCUGGAGGCAUUAGACACACAAUGUAUCUUGCAGUCCUUUUGUCUGGGCUAAAUAAACACGUUUUUAUAAUGUAUCUACUGUAUUUGAAUGAAGUUAAAGGUAUAAAUAUUUUAAAAUAAUGUAGCAUUCUCCGGUCUUUUAUCAUCCCUGCAACGCUGAACAUAAUUUGGCUGGUAAAGAUCUUACUGAAGUAAGACUACGAGGUAAAAAAUGCUUGAGUAGGAAUACAAAAGGAAAAUCAAUCUUUAGGUUUUUGUUUUCUUCUUCAAUCCUUUUCCAAUGUUCUCCCACCAGGGGGCAGGUUUGGAUCUUAGACUUUUGGAACAGUCCUAGGUGUAAAAUUAAAGGCACAAACGUUAUUUUGCAUUUUCUUUUUUUUUUCUCCAGUUUACAUAAACGUAACCCUGCUAUUUCCCUUCCCACUCUCCCAACUGGUUUCUGCACACAGUCAGAUCUUCAUGGUUU